ACAACAUUGACCAGCAACAACCAUUUGGCUUUAACGGUCGGCUGAACUACCCACCCCUGUCCACCUGGACGAAGGAUGAGCUCAGCGCGAAACUCACGAUCCACACGAACAAAACUCGGAUUAGUGCUUGAUAAUGAAGACGAUGUCUGAAGCCAUAUCGUCUCACUUGACAUCCAAAAUAAUUGUAGAGCAAAAUAAUUGUCUCAUGCAGGUUUAAACCUUCCCUGACACACGCACACACCUACCACCUCCCUCAGCACCCACGCACACACCCACCACCUGCCUCACCAUCCACUCACAAUUUUAAGAGGACCUGCAUUGAACUCUGGCAUUCAGAGAGGUCAAAGUUAUCUAAAACACUGACGGGUCAUUGCCAUGUGUGACAGGAAGGAAGUGAAGGUGCAGUCUGUGUGCUCUCAGUUUAAGUUUACAAAUCGUGGCUUAUUUUGUCUUUUCAAUAAGUUGGAAACUGGGAUUUAAGUGUCUUCGUCCUGUCGUAGCAUCCUGUAACAAACACAGAUACAAUUAGUCGAAUUGUACGUGUCGCUACCCAUUGUUGACAUGAGAUUUCAAUAUGGAUUGAAUGGAUCUUGUGUAAGAAUCAGAUGAAAUUUUUACGAGAAGGGAAACGCGAAUUCACGAUGUUUAACACAAAGCUUGUGUCUCCUAUAGAAACCGUUAACAACCAACAGUGUUUCGAAAACAGAAGGACGUUCAGUGUGUGUUGACGGGGACUAGAUGUAAACAGAAAACUAUUUUCAGAUAUCAGGAGUGAUAUCUGGGAAACAAAGUCUGGGUUCUUGUCGGUAAACAUCUUGGAUUCAUUGGUUGCUGUGCUUCGUGCCUUACAUACAGUCACGUGACUACGUCUGAUGGUAAAGACAAGGAUGUUGAUGGUGGACCAAGUGUUUGUGAUUUGAUUGUUUCUCACAAUUCGUGUCUGUAAACUGCGAGAUAAGAAGUGGUGACGGCCUUAGACUGAGAAAGAUGGAGAGAUGGAGCUUUGUUUUCACAUGCUCUGUUUAUUUCAACAUACUUGUCAUAUUAGUUUCAGGACUCACUUUACACAACUGUAUCGAUGGAUGGAUCGAUAUCCCAGAAGACACUUCGACACUUAUUACAUGCAGCAACAUAUUUAAGACAGAAAAAGUCACGUGGACAGUUGAGAAUGCUAUUAGAAACAAAGUCUUCGAACAUGAAUGUGGAGAUACUACAUCCUGUAACCUUAAUUCCAGCAAGAUUUCUUUACAAAGAUACAGGGAUGAUGGGGUUUCACUGAUCAUCAACAGAAACCAUCGACGUUAUGGAGGCUUCACCGUGACUUGCUCUACGACAACUGAACACGCGGAGUGUAGGAUGCACGUCUUUCACGCAGCAGAGCUGAGCCAUUGUCGUACUGAGAUCAACAGUCAGUCAUGGAGAGUAACAGCAACAUGUCACAUUAACAAAUUCUUCUCGUCGAAAGAGAAAGCUCGUUGUGAAGGACGUGUGGAACCGUUCAUGCCAGAGCAAUCGCUGAAGAACUACACGAGAGUCGACGGCCAGCCUUACCUACAAAAGUACAUAGACCAAAGAAACAAUAACACUUACUAUAGGGGUACCUGCAGUUUCACAAGCAACCUUCCAACUUCGGCUGGUAAUUAUUCAUACAUCAUCAACAUUAUGCCUGGUACAUCACUGGAGACUGCCGGAAAGGUGUUGAUAGGCAAAUCCGAAGCAAACUGCACAUUUUUCUUGGAAGAGAAUCCAAAGGGCAGUUGUGAGUGUUUUGAACGAGGUCCAAGUUCUUUUCCUACCACACAACACUACGACACAGGAGUGCCCUCGACCUACGUGUGUAACUUAGUAAGGGGAUCCACAUGGCAUAGUGGACACACACCCCAAGGUGCCACGUCUCCACCCCCGCAAAUAACGAGGUCACGACCUCCUUUGGAGACGACAAGAGAGAUGCAUACAGAACAUCCUACACAGCCACUAAUAAAGACUUCACAAGUGACCCACGUGACCACGUUUCCAAAUUCAAAAGGAUUGGGGUCGUCUCCAUCUGAUCGAAUCGACUCGUCUCCAUCACCUCAAGACAAGUCUGGUCUAUCAGUCGCCACUGGAGUCAUUGUGGGAGUUGUUGUAGCCGUUGUAGCAACCGUUAUCGUUAUCGUCGCCAUCGCUUACGUCUCAAGACGUUAUCGAAAUCCUCCAGACCUUGAGGAGCAAUACAACGUGUUUUACAUCAGCGCUGACGCCCUGGCUUUGAACACAAUCCGUCCAGUCGAUGACCUCCCCCAGUCACGUGUCCAGGUUUCGGAUUCCCAGGCGUCUCCACAAACAAGUUCUGACUUUACUGACACAAGCUGCAUGGUACAAAUGGAAAACAACUCCAUCGUUUCCCCACCUGCUCACCAGACCCAGACUACCCAACCAUGUUUGAAAGAACUUGAGGAAACACGUGAAUCUGCCAUGUCAAACACGGAGAACCUCUACGCUGUGGUGGCGGAUAAGGAUCUGCGCGGUUCGAAACCACGAGUGUAAUAAAAUCAUAAAUCUAUGACUCACUAGUACUUUUUCGACUUUUAUCUGUAGCACCUAUUUGAUACUUUUAGAUAUGUUAUAGUAAUCAAAGUCAGUCAUAUUCAUGGUGGAAGGUUUGCCUCCAACUUGGGCCUUCAGCAACAUUUGGGUCGAGCAAGUAAAUUUUCGAGCUGGGUGUUCGUCGUUAACAAUCAAUAUCAAUAGUUUUGUGAUGGAGAAUAAGCAGAAAAGGUUUGGUUAACCUGGGUUAAGUGUUUGUUUCGGAGGGUGAGACCAAGAGCGACAUUUGACCACAGAAAAUUUUUGCACAGCAAAACAAGGCGACGUGUCUCUUACAGCAGUUGCAGGUUUAAACUUUCCCUAACACAAGCACUCACUCACAACCUCCCUCACCAACCACUCUCACUUUCAUGUGAACAUGCAUUGUAUUCACUCGCAUUCCGAGAGGUCCAAGUCAUCUAGACCAAAGACAAGUCAUUGUCCUGUUAGGCAGGCAAAGCUAUGUGCUCUCAGCUUCAGUUUACAAAUCAUGGCCUACUUCGUUCUGUCAAUGAGUCUGACACUGGAGUUUAAGUGCCUUCAUCCUGUCAUAGCAUCCUCCUACAAACACAGAAAUAAAUAGUCAGUGUUAAUACGGCUAAUUUGUGCCUGUAUCAACCCAUUGUUGACAUGGGAUUUCAAUAUGGAUUGACACUGAUACCGUGCAAGAGAUGAAAUAUUUACGAUAAGAGAAACACAAACUCAAGAUAUUCAACACAAAAAUUAUGUCUCCGGUAGAAACUGUUAACCCAACAACCAACUGUGGUUCGGAAACGGAAAGACGUUCAGUGUGUGUUUGCGGAAACUAGAUGUAAAUCAACAAUUAUUCUCAGAGUUCACAAAUGAUAUCAGAGAAACAAAGUCUGUGCUCUUAUCGGUAGACAUCUUGGAUUCAUUGGCUGCUGUGCUUCCUGCCUUGCCUACAGUCACGUGACUAUUAGUAGUGGUAAAGUCAAGGAUGUAGAUGGUAGACCAAGUGUUUGUGAUUUGAUUUUUUCUCACAAUCUGCGUUUGUAAACUGCGACAUAAGGACUGGUGACGGCAUUACACAGAAUGAGAAAGAUGGAGAGAUGGAGCUUUGUGUUCGGGUGCUCUGUUUAUCUCAACAUGAUUGUCAACCUUCUUUCAGUCAGGUCCCAGUCUGUGAGCAUCUCCACCAACGCCACUCAACCAUUUGUCACAGACGGAAAAACACAGAUGGCGCUCUUCUGUCAGGCUACAGGCUUUUUAUCAACCGUCACCUACAUCUGGAUACAUGUGAUAUGUAUCAACAGCAAUCAAGAUCGCGACACGUGCAUCUUCACACCUAGAGUUCCUCAUGACGACGGUCAUCAGGUGGUGUGUCGUGCUCACAGAGUCGUUUCCAUGCUAUCUGACCCCUACACAAUACAGC